AUGGCUAUCAGAAUAGCGAGAUCUCCUGAAGCCAUCUUCUCUUCAUCUUCUUCCCCUCGUUCCAACCGGAUCUAUGACGUUUUCUUGUGUUUCAGAGGCGAAGACACGCGCAAAAACUUCACCGACCACCUUUACUUUGCUUUGAGAGAUGCUGGAAUCAAAAUCUUUAAAGAUGACAAUGAGCUUCGAAGAGGACAAUACCUUGCAUCCGAAUUGAUACGAGCAAUCCAAGGAUCCAGAAUCUCUAUCAUCGUUUUCUCAAGGAACUAUGCGGCUUCGAGGUGGUGCAUGGAGGAACUUGUGGAAAUUAUGGAGUGUCGAAGAACUUUAAAGCAACUGGUUCUACCUAUAUUCUAUGAUGUUGAGCCCUCUGAUGUGAGAAACCAGACGGGUAGUUUUGCAGAAGCAUUCGCGAAACAUGAAGAGCAUUACUUGUUGGACAUGGACAAAGUUCUCAAGUGGAGAAGAGCUUUGUGUGAGGCUACUAAUUUGUCAGGUUGGGAUCUAAGAAAAACUGCAGACGGUAGAAUUAUUAUAACAACGAGAGAUGCGCAUUUGCUAAAGGAGCUAGAAGUGGAUAGUGUAUAUAGAGUUACAGCAAUGAAUGACAUUGACUCUCUUGAGCUCUUUAGUUGGCAUGCCUUUAGGAAUAGUUAUCCUAUUGAAGAUUAUACUGAUUUGUCAAGAAGUGUCGUUGCUUACUGUGGAGGGUUGCCACUAGCACUUGAAGUUUUGGGCUCAUUCCUUUUCUCUAGGAGCAUGCUAGAAUGGAAAAGUGCAUUAGAUAAAUUGAAGAGGAUUCCUCAUGAGCAGAUUCAAAAUAAACUAAGAAUAAGUUUUGAUGGACUAAGCGACAAUACUGAAAAAGAUAUAUUCCUUGACAUAUCAUGUUUCUUCAUAGGAAAGGAUAUAGACUAUGUUGUAAAAAUAUUGGAUGGCUGUGGUUUUUUUGCAAAGAUUGGAAUUAGUGUCCUCAUUCAGCGAUGUCUUCUUAAAGUUAGUGAGACAAAUGAGUUUACAAUGCAUGAUUUGUUGCGAGACAUGGGAAGAGAAAUCGUUCAUGGAAAACACCCCAAUGAACCUGGGAAAUGGAGUAGAUUAUGGCUGCAUGAGGAUGCAUUUGAUAUAUUGACAAAGCGUUGGCAUGGAUUCCCUCUAAAGUUUAUACCAAUUGACUUUUAUCCAAGAAACUUAGUUGUGAUUGACUUGCAAUAUAGCAAUCUCAAAAAAGUUUGGGAAAGUCCCAAGCAGUUGCUUGAGAAGAUGAAAAUUCUAAAUCUCAGUCACUCUCAUUAUCUGAGCCAGACCCCUGACUUUUCAAAACUCCCAAAUCUAGAGCAACUAAUACUUGAAGAUUGUACGAGUUUGCUUGAGGUUCACCACUCCAUUGGAGAUCUUAGUAAUCUUGUUUUGGUGAAUUUGAAAGAUUGCAAAUGCCUUAAAAGUUUGCCAAGGAGUUUCUAUAAGUUGAAGUCUCUAGAAACUCUCAUUCUUUCUGGGUGUUCAAAAAUGCACAAUUUGGCUGACAACUUGGGGGAGAUGGAAUCAUUGACAACUCUUCUUGUAGACAGAACUGCUAUAAGACAAGUGCCUUUUAGUAUAGUGCAACUGAAGAAUCUCAAAUAUUUAUCGCUAUGUGGUCCUAAGUCAGUCAAUCUACUGCCUGCUGCACUACAAGGCUUGAACUCACUAACACACUUAUGUCUCCAGGACUGCAAUUUAUCGGAUGACGGAAUUCCUAUAGAUCUUUGGAAUUUAUGUUCUCUUAAAAUUUUAGAUUUAAGAUGCAAUAGUUUUGAAAGCCUAUCAACAAGCCUAGGUGGUCUUUCGAAGCUUCAACAUCUCAGACUGGAUCGCUGUAGAAAGCUUAAAUCAAUUCCGGAUUUACCAACAAGUUUGAUUUUUUUAGAUGCAAAACAUUGCAUUGCACUGGAAAGAAUGCCAGACCUAUCAAAGCUCUCAAAUAUGAAUGGUAUGAACCUUGCUAACUGUCACAAAUUGGUCGAAAUUCUAGGUUUGGAUAAGCGUUCAAAUCCUAUUGUGCCUAUUGGCAUGGUAGGGUGCAUGAAUCUAACAUAUACUCUUAAGCAAAGCUUCCUACAGGAAUUUGGUGGAGUUCGUGAAGUGUUUGGCAUUGUCCUUCCCGGCAAUCAAAUCCCCAAUUGGUUCACGUAUCAGUGUGAGGGACCCUCGGUACAUUUUAAAGUACCUACUGUUGAUAACAUAUUGAAAGAGUUUGGUGUAGGUGUUGUCUUUGCAUCACGUGUUCAAGUAUUCUCUUCAUAUAAAGGUAGCAUGUCAUUUAUCAACCAUACCAAGAAUACCGUUCCGACUGAUUUGGCAGGAACAAAUGGUGGCCCAUUCCCUUUUGGAGAUCACCUAUACCUACGCAAUAUUGUUCGUACCAAUGAUUUUGAGGAUGGUGAUGAAGUAGAGGUUCUUGUAAAUUGGGGGCCUGAAAUCAUUGUGAAGAAAAUAGGGGUCUAUCUAGUAUAUGAAAGGGUUGUUGAUGGAAAAGAUGAGGAUCAUGCCAUUGUUGUCAGUGAUAAUGACUAUGACAGUAACAAUAUAGAAAACAGAUGCUCCUAUAAGAGAAAAAUGAGAUCUCCAAAUAUGAUUGAUGAUUCACAAACUAUGAUGAAAGAGAAAAAGCUCAAAAAGCUUGCUACAUAG